CGAUGGGUGGAGGGGAGGAGAGCCCUGUCUCCGGCCCAGCAGCAGCACACCAGCCUGGGACGCGGCACAGCUUCGUCCAGGACCACUUUCAGGCACAGUACAGGUCCUCCCUGACAUGUCCACAUUGCCUUAAACAGAGCAACACCUUUGACCCCUUCCUCUGCAUCUCACUGCCCAUUCCCCUACGGCAAACCAGGUGUAUGAGUGUGACCCUGGUGCUUAGUACUAAGGGUCAGAGGUAUAUACGUGUUGGUCUGGCUGUGCCUCUCAUUGGCUCCAUCUCCUGCCUGCGUGCCAUGGUGGCUGAGGAGGGCAAGAUCACGCCAGACCAGGUGAUCCUGUCAGAGCUCUACGCCACCGGCUUCCAGCGUUCGUUCUCUGACGACGACGAUCUGACCAGCGUUGCCGAGAGCGAUGUGGUCUAUGCCUUCCAGGCUCCGCCCCUCCACACACGGGGAGGCUCCACGCGAAUCUCGGGCUACCACCACAGCCUCCCAUCCUCUCCGUACACCUCUGGGCCAGAGGGUCAAAGGUUACCCCCAUCGACCACUCUGUCCUCAGAGUUCCUGAACCACAGUGGUUCCACCAAGGUCCUCCUCGUCAUCUGCAACACAGCAGGCUCUGGCCAGCAGGCCGUCAGGUUCGGCCCUCCCUUCCUCAUGAGAGAGGAGCGUACCCUGUCCUGGGACCAGCUCCAGCAGAGUAUCCUCAGCAAGCUCUACUACCUGAUGCUGAACGGAUCACAGGCUCAGAAUGCAGGGUUGCUGUUCAAGAUCAGAGUGGUGGGAGGAUCUGCCUCCUACAGCUACCUGUCCCCACAAGAUGGACGCCCUCUCUUCCACCCUGCCGUGGACAGAGCCCUGAAGUUAUGUGGCCCGGGAGGACCACCCCAUGUGAAGCUGGUGAUUGAGUGGGAACACAAGAUCAAAGAAUGUCUGUUUGGUAACAUCCAGGAGGAGGUGGUGAAGGACUCAGAGAGUGUGAGAGUCCAGCAGCAGCAGCACCUGCAGCAGCACAGCUGUACCCUGGACGAGUGCUUUCAGCUCUACACCAAAGAGGAACAGCUGGCCCCAGACGACGCAUGGAAGUGUCCCCACUGUAAGCAGCUCCAGCAGGGCAUGGUGAAGAUGUCCCUGUGGACCCUCCCCGACAUCCUCAUCCUCCACCUCAAACGCUUCCGACAGGUGGGCGAGCGGCGCAACAAGCUGUCCACCCAGGUGCGCUUCCCCCUGGCCGGGUUGGACAUGGCCCCCCACGUGGUGAAGAGGUCCCAGAGUAUGAGGAACCUGGGGAACCUGGGACCCUGGCCCCCCACAUGGAAACAGCCUGGAGGCAGCAGUCAUCAUAUUAGUCACCCAGACAUGGCCCUGCCUCCUGACUUCCUCUAUGACCUCUAUGCAGUGUGUAACCACCAUGGUGGGAUGCACGGUGGACAUUACACAGCAUACUGCAGGAACUCAGUGGACGGCCAGUGGUACAGCUAUGAUGACAGCAGUGUGGACCUGGUGCCUGAGGAGGAGGUGUGUACCAGAGGGGCCUACAUACUGUUCUACCAGAGACGUAACGUCAUCCCCCCCUGGUCCGCCAGCAGCUCAAUCAGAGGCUCCACCAGCUCCUCCAUGUCGGACCACUGGCUGGUCCGUCUGAAUGGGGACAGUAAGAGGGGUAGUCUGGUGUCCCGCUCCUCCACCACCUGCCCCUCCUCUGUCCCCGACUCCCCAGAGUCCCCCGUCUUCCUUGAUGACCCCCCCAGAGAGGAGAAAGGUGGUUUUGAGAGCAGGCCGUUCGUACGGGGCAUACAGGGUCGUAGCGUCAGCAUGAGGACCCCCACUAAGAACAAAGAGACACUGAACAAGGUCCUCCCGCUACGCUGGUCGUUCGGCUCCAAGGACCGCCGAAAAACUGCAGCCGAGCCCGCCCCUGCUCCCAUCCCCACCCCUGCCCCUGUGGAACUGGUGGAGUACCUAGAGUCUGGAAGAAGACCUCGCUGCACCAAGGACUCUAUAGUCAAUUUAAUGACGGGCUCUGAGAGCAAGCAGGGAUCUGCCAUCAGCUCCCCCAGUGUGGGAAGCACUAACCUGAACUGCAUGGGACAACCAGAGUCUCCGCAGAUGCCAGAGGGCCAGAGAAGACCAGUCACAGACAAGACAGGGAGUCUGAGACGAAGUAGCAAAGGGUCCCAGCAGCAGCAGAGAGACCAGAGGGACGAGGGUAGGAUGGGCAGUGGUAGUAGUACUAACACUCUGACCAGGAGGAGUACCAAGAAGAGUAAGGAGAAAGACCAGGGAAAGCUCCAGGAGGCCCAGUCUAGGAGGGGGUCUAGUGCAGGCUUCCAGCCCAGCUCCAGCACCCACAGCCUCAGGGACAGAGACUGGGAAGGCACCCUGAGGAGGGGUGCCAAGGGCAACCAGGACCCACCACCAGGGGACCGCCUUGUACCACCCGAGGGAGAAAAGACCAGGAAGGGUGAGAAGGUAGAGGAGGCCUCCAAGAGCCACGAGGGGCUGCUGUCUUUCUUCAAGAGCAACUUCAAGAAGAAGGACAAGGAGUCGUCAUCUUCUCGCAAGUCCGACUCUGGAAAAGUUGGCGACGUCGGCAGGUCCAGCACCUCCCGGCUGUCCCUGUCCAGUGGAGACCCAGGCGGGGCCACGAAGACAGGGGAGGCGAAACCCAAUGGAGCCCCCCGCAACGGGGGUGCCAAUUGUCUCGGAGACGAGCUGCCCAACGGUAAAGCCAGACGUGCCGCCGAUAUCAAACGCUCCCAGAGCUCGUCCAACAUCCCCAGCAAGGAAGAGUCUAGCAUGCGAAGGACCGCCUCUUUACACCGUAACGGGCUGUCCCAUGGCGUGGCUCCGCCCCCUCGCAGCCUCACAGCCGAGAAGCCCUCCUACGGUACCCUGCAGAAGACUCGCUAUAGUACCACCUCACUGGGACGCAAGAGGACGGUCCCCGAGUCCAGCUUUUAGCUUACACACACACACACACAUACCCUGACACACGCACACACCAGGGUCAUAUUCACUAGGCACCAAACAGAAGAAAAUGGACUGAAAGAGGAGGGACUAGCUCAAUUUGUCCAGUAAGAAACGCUAGUUUUUGUUUUCCAUUGCAAAAUGUUUUACUACAUUUUGCUACGGUGGCGGUGUACACUAAUCAAUAUAACCCUGAUCAAAGCAAUGGAGCUCAGUUGGAAGGAUACUCCUGUAGGUACAUACAGAAGUAUACAACACAAGGUGGCUCCCUCCGGUGUUGUGGAGGGGUAUAGCGUCAGUGAAAGAGCCAGUCACGGAGCCAAGGAGAAAAUGUAGAAAAGGUGACACAUGAAGGACGUCUGCUGACAUAAACAAAAUGUCAUAUCAGAAUGAAUAUUUUCCUAUUCCAGUUUUGUUUUUAUUUUAAUUUGUAAAAAUUAUUGUGACUUAACAAGUGCCUCAGUAACUGAUAUGCAGUUUUAAACCAAUGAGUUUGUGGACACCUGGUCAGCACCGGAAGCACAUGUUUUAUUCACACUCUCAUACAUGCACACACACACACAGGCAUGUACUCACACACAUUAUCUACACUUGUGUCUUAAAAUCACAGUAAAUUAAUGGCAUUCAUCACUUUAUCUUCCUCGAUCGGUUUGUCCAAUGGUGGCACCUAAAGGAAAGUUAUGACAGUAUCAUGACAA